AUGAUUUCUUCCGCAACAGCUGAGCCUGUCGAGAUCAACAAAGCACCAAGUAAUAACGUUCCUGAUACACAUAGUAGAAUUAGCAAUAUAAACCGACUUGCUUCCCCUCCACAGGGACAAAAUAUUCAAUUAUCAAAAUCUCAACCUAGCAUUCAAAAUAAGCUUGGUUCUUCACCUAAUACUAAGCUUCAUUUGAACGCCUCUGGUG